UGGAAUUCAAUAUCGACACUUGUCGAAGACCCCACACCUAUAAAAAGAGGACUAAAGCAUGAUAAAGGGGAUCAUCUUUGCACUUUGUGUGGCUGCAUCCCUGGCCCACGACCUCCCUGAGACACAAUUUGAUGCACAUUGGAAAAGAGAAUGCCCCCGCAACCAUCAGAUCACCAGGGUGAGGAGCAGGCACAGUAACCAUCAUGAAGACCGGGCAUUCAUAUUUACAUGCCGGCCCUCCCAUGCCGCCCUCAAAGACCAUCACUGGACUCAUGAUUGGACCACGUAUGACGCCAAUGUUAACUUUGAAUGUCGACCUAAUGCUGUGAUAACUGGUUUGGAAAGCAUCCACGACAACAAUACUGAGGAUCGUAUUUUCAAAUUCCGCUGCAGUGUCCUGGACCAUGGACACACUGGUUCGUGCGAGUGGAGCCCUUGGUCCAAUGUACUCGAUGGCGUGAUGGACAUAACUCUGCCCGUCCACAAGGUUCUUACUGGCAUACAGAGUGUGCACGACAAUGCUACCGAGGAUCGUAGGUUCAAGGUCCGCCUUUGCAACUAUCAGUAACAAGAAUGAGAGUUGACCCAAACUACCUAUCAGCAGGGGAGUCCUGAUCUGAAAAGAUGAUAUUAAAGAUACCUGUCAAAAAGCCCUUACAAAAUUGGGGUGUUUUGAACAGCUUGUUUUAAAAACCUAGGGAAGAAUAAAUUCUAAUUCAUAAAUCUGAGUACUUUGAAGGACAUCAGCCAGUAGAAUGACCUUCAUUAAAUUCACCUAAUUUUAAUAAACAAAAUACAAAUGGCAAUAUUGUGGCAAUCUAAAUAUUUUGUUGGUAUCAGUCAUAAGAACCAAAGUAAGGUGUUUUUUAAAUAAUAAAUAAAUAGAAACACUCACUGGAAAUAUAUGACUUAAGCAUAACACUAAUCUUCUAAACUUGCAAGUCUCACAAAGUACAUAUCAGUUUACUAUUGUUUCAAUCACUUCACCUUUUUUCAUUGCAAAUUUCCAUCCAUAAGACACAGAUCUGUGAAACGACUAAUUACACUGGUGUAGCCUAACAGUACUUAAAUUGAAAUUCUUGUUGUCUGAAUAAAGUUAUGGA